AUGGCCACCGCCAUAUCGGUGAGAAUACCAGCUGGUAAAUUAGGUACAGUUCGUGUUGAUCGAACUAUCGAUGUUUAUCCAGCUUCAAUGACAAAUGAUGAAAGUAAUUUUAAUUCAAAAGCUGCAACAUCAUGUAUUCCAACGAUGGCAUCACAUCGUCAAUUAACUAAAACAACUGUAACAGCAAGUCCAAUACCAUUAAUCAUUGAUCAUAAUGAACAAGAACAACAAAAUGAAGAAGAACAUAGUUAUGUACCUAUUACAAAAUGGAUUGAUAAUACAAAUGGUAACAAUAAUAAUAAUAAUAAAAAUAAUAAUCUCGAUGAUGAACAAAUGUCUGAUAUAGCAGUUAUUUAUUCAUUGGUUCGACAUGCGUCAAGUCGUCGAACAUCAUCACCACCAAGAAUAAUCGUUUCGCCAUCAUUAACAAACAAUAAUAAUAAUAAUAAUAAUAGUAUUUCGCGUCCACAUAUAACUAAAAGUUAUGUAUUAGAAGCUCCAUUGACACCCGUUGUAACUCAUACAUCGAAACAAGCACAAAUAAAAGCAUUAUCAUCAACACGUUCAACUAUUAAUUCAAUUCCAACAUCAACUCCAACUUCAUCACCAUCUCAUGUAAAUACAAGUCUAACACCACCAAUACCACCAUCAGUACGUAUACAAUCAUCAACUUCGUUUACAUCACAUGAUCGACCAACAAUACCAAUUGUUGCAAUAAAACCUCGACCAUAUUCAUUUCGAACGCCUAAUUAUUCACCAAAUGAAAUAUUAAAAAUACAAACGAAUAAUACUACUACUAGUACUACUAAUAAUAAUAAUACGUCUCAAUCAAUACGUUCACGUCGUUCAUUUCGAACAGCACCACGUAAUGUUAUUGAAAGACAAAUAUCAAAUAUAACAGGACGUGUAUCACAAUUACACGAUUCAUUUCUUGCUCGUCUAUCAGAUUUGACAUCGAAUACAAGUAAUCGUCAUCGAAAUCGUUCAUUAACAUCGUUAAGUUCUCAAAUAGUUAAUACUCAUAAUAUAAAUGAAACUGAUUUACGUUUACUACAAAACUCAUCUAAUACACGUCAUCAACGACGUUCAGUUAAACCACGACCGAAAUCGGAAACUUAUGAUGAUCAUCAUCGUGUCAAUGCAGCGGGUUCUUAUGCUCAAUUAACUCUUCUUGGCCAACCAAAAAUAAAUUCAACAUUAGCACAAAAAAUAAUUCCAGCUGAUAAUCAAAAUGGUCGUGUAUCAGUUCGAACAAAUACUCAGACGAUUUCCGUGCCUGAACGUUCAAAUAGUACAACAAGUACACAUUCAAUAUCAACAACAGUUGAUACAAAAAAACUCAAAGAAAAUUGUGAACGAAUUACGAAACAACUUGAAAAAUCAAAGGCAGAUCUGGAUCGACAACGAGCUAAAGGUCCAAAUCAUAAUCCAACAAAAGUAGCAUUUAUUGAAAAUCAAAUUAGACAAUAUGAACAACAAUUAAAUGAAAUUAAACGACGUCUAGAUCAUGUGGAAUCAUCAAUUGAUGCUUCACCUGUUAAAUCAAGUUUUAAUGCUGAAAAUCUUGGUAAUCAACCGAGUACAUAUAUUGAAUCAUCAUCCAGUCGAACAUCAACUUUAUCAGAUGGCAUUAGUGAUUACAAGAAACAGAAUCCAUUAUCUGAAUCAACAACUUUUCAAAUGAUGACUGUAGCUGUUCCGACAGCACCAUUGACUACAGUCGGUUCACCAAUACAGCAGUUAAAACGUAAAUUAUAUUCUGGUAGAUCUGAGACUUAUGAUUUAAUAAAGUAUGGAGAUUCAUCACAUACAAUGUUUUCAACAGAUGAUAGACAUACACAUCGAGAUACGAUCGAUAAUGAUGAUGAUGUGACUGAAAUACAACCAAAAACAUCGAUAUCAUCGUUUGACGAUAUUCAACAAUUUAUAAAUACAUCUAAUUGGGCACCAUUAAGUGUUUUUCUUAAUUUUCUUCUUACUGACCCAAACAGUGAUCCUAGUUAUUUGUUAUUCUAUAUAUUAACUGAAGAAUUACGUACAAAAAAAGCAGAAAAUCGAAGCGAAUUAAUACGAUGGAUAUUUGAAAUUCAUUCCACAUUCACUAUGAAUGGCAGCCCCUUGUAUAUUGGCCUUCCUCAAUCACAAACAGAUUCAAUAAAUCGAUGUUUAGAAGCUCAACAACAAGAAACAAAUGAUGAUAUGAAGUUUAUAUUCAAUGAUGCAAAAGAAUUUGCACGAUCAAUUAUAAGCGAUCGACAAUUAUCUGAUUUUAAUCAUAAACGAACGCUCGGUGUUUUUCGUGAUAUUGAUUUUCCAUUAAUUUCAAAACAAAAUCAUUUUAUUGAAGAAUUACUUCGAUCGAAAUUUGAAUCAUAUUAUAAAGCAAAUAUUGAUGAUUGGAACAGUAUAAGAAAUUCAAAAGAUCUUGCAUUAAUAUGUUCAUUGGCUACAUUUUUAAAACGUUGUGAUAUUAAAAAAUGUGGAAACAUUCCAUUGGAAAAAAUUCCGAAAUUUCUCGAUCGAGAACAAAGACGUCUAUUAUCAAAAUUACCACGAUCAACACAAGCUAAACGAAUUAAGGAUCAUCAAUUAAAUGAACAUCAAUUUACAAAUCAAACUUUAUGUAAAGUUUGUUCAAAACCAUUAUGGGGAAUUAAUUAUCAAGGAUAUUUAUGUGGAUAUUGUCAGCAAUCAUUUCAUCGAGAAUGUGCAGUAAUAAGUGAAAAAUGUUUAAAAGAUCGAAAAACAAAUAGUAUUACAAAUCCUGUUCAAAUAAAACCACGAAAAACACCGAAAAAUAAUUCAAAAUCCCCAUCACGUUCGCUCUCAGAAUCAUUUUCAGCUGACAAUCUCAUACAACCUUUAUUUGGUGGUAUGCCUUUUUCAUGUAUGCAACAACAUAUACAACAACAAGUUAUUUCACCACAACGAACAUUUAUACGACGUUCUGUUGGUGGAAGUAGUACAUUAUUUAACGGAAUUAUGAUGACAUAUAACGGUCCAACAAGAACUGCAAGUUUAAAUGAAGGACGAGAAGGAAGUAUUCCAAAUGAUAAUAAUGAUAAUUUGUCAGCUGCAAAUGAAGGAAGUGAUGUGAUAAAUCCAAAUUUAUUAUCCAUACAAGAACAAAAUAAAAAUUCAAAUUUGGGACGACGUUUUAGUGAUCGACAAGUAGCACCUAAUCGACCGACAUCUAAACAUCGUUCAAGCAGUAAUCCACAAAUGGGUGGAAAUUCAAUUGAUGAAUUCCUUAGCCGUGGUGAUAGUGACAUAAUUAUUCAACAACAAGAUCUGAUCAAUCAAAAAACAAGUUCAACCGAUAUAACAAGUUCUGAAACAGUUAAUCAACAAACAACAACAACAUAUGGUGAUAGUGAUCUUGAAGCUGAUGUGAAUACAUUACCAAAUUUAAGUGAUUUUAUUCCAACUGAUGUUCUUCAAGCACUUUAUCAAUCACGUGAAUGGAAAUUACAAACAACAAUAAAUGAAUUAAUACAUACUGAACGUACACAUUUAAAAGGUUUAAAAAUAAUGAAAAAAUGUUUUCGAGAACCAAUGGAACGUUUUCCUGGAAUGAGUCCUGUUGAAAUUGAUUGUAUAUUUCGAAAUCUUGAUCAACUUAUUGAUUUACAUACUCAAUUUAAAUAUGCAUUACGUCAACAUCGUGAAGAAGCAAAAGAUCAUGUUGUUCGUCAGAUUGGUGAUUUAAUUCUUAAAUUUCUUGAUAAUGAUAAAGGUGAACAAUUUGCUCGUGCAUGUGCUUAUUUUAUUGAAGAUCAAUCACAAGCAUUAAAACUAAUUAAAAAGAAAGAACAAUCAGCAGAUUUUGCAUCACUUAUGCGAGGAUGUGAAUCAAAUCCUUUAUGUCGUCGUUUAACACUAAAAGAUUAUUUACCAUCAGUUAUGACACGUUUUACAAAAUUAAAAAUGUUAUUCGAAGCAAUGAAAAAAUUUGUAUCGGACGAUGAAAUCGAAAGUGAAAAAUUAAGUAAAUGUGUUGAGUGUGCUGAUAAUAUAUUAAAACGUAUGAAUUAUGCACGUUUAAAAAAAGAACAAGAAGCUUUAUUAAAACAAAUUAAAGGAAAUCUUGAAAUACAAAUACCAAAUGAUGAUAAAUCUAUGAAUUUACAAAAUCUUCAAGAUUGUCUUGAAAUAACAAAUAAUCGUUUAAUUUACUCAGGUACAUUAAAAUUAUUACCUGAUACAACAACACAAAAAACCGAAUUUGAAUGUUGUCUUUUUACGGAUAUAUUUGUUUUUUUUCAAAAAAUACCUAUACAACCAUCGGAACAACGUGGUAUUGAUGAACAAUAUCGUUAUAUUUUAAAAGAACAUCAACGGGAUGCUAAUACUGGACGUCAUACACGACCACGAGCAGCUGUAUCUGGAACACGAUAUACUGCAGCACAAAAUUUUAUUUUAACACCUAUAAUUCGACUUGAAUAUUUAUUAAUUAAGAAAAAAGCAUGUGGAGGUGCUCGCUCUUUUUAUGUUAUUGAUACUGAUAAAAAACAAUUGAUUGAAGUUGAAGCUAAUUCAAAAGAUGAUCUCGAAAAAUGGUUAGAAUGGAUUGAAAAAGCUCGAAAACCAUUUGAAAAAUCCAAAUCAUUUGUAUCGUCAUCAAGUGAUAAGAGUUUAAAUCCACCAAUUUCUUCUCAAUCAACAGCUUCAUUAUCAUUAUCAUCAUCAAAAUCAUCAGCAACUCGAUCAGCAAUUAUCGAAGAGCAAGCAAAUAUUCAAUUAGUUGAACCAAAUCAAGUUAAAAUAAUUGAAAAACAAACAUUAAUUGAAGAUACACCAGAAUCAUUAUUAAAUGCAAUUCUUGAGAAGGACAAAGACUUAAAACGUUUAUUACAUGAAAAAGAAAUGCUUCUUUCACGUCUUCUCAACAUUCCUGAAGAUAAAAUUAAUGAUAUACCAGGAAAUAUUGCAUUAACACAAAAAUCAAAACCAAAUUCAUCAUUAGAAGCAAUAACAAAUGCUGCUAGUUACCAUAAUCAAUUACUACAAUCAAUAAGUCAAAGACAAAAUCGAGCAGCAGAAGACAAGAAAAUAUCAUUAAUUGAAGUUCAAUCAUUGUGGACACCAUUAACUCAACUUGGCGAACAACUUACUCUAGCUUUGAAAUUAACAAAUCAACAAAAACAAGAUAGACCUUUAUUACGUGAAUAUCGUGUAAACAUAUCAGAUACUGAAAAUCCAAUUAUAAGACGAAAUAGUAAUUCAAGUAGUAUAUUUAAUGUACCACCAUCAAUACUUAGUGGAACAUCUCAAACAUAUUCGGAUUUAAAAGAUUCAUUAUCAAUGUCAUCUCUUCAUUCAUCUGAAUCACUUGGUUCAGUUGCAAUACCAACACAAACACAAACAUUUAAUGAAUUAAUACAUUUUGAUCCACGAUCACCGUUACCUAGUGAACAAUUAUCAUCUAUAACUGAUUUAGAUGAAACUAUUAAAUCACCAACAUCAAAACCUAAAUCACAACAAUUACAUAUGGCAACAGAAGUUAUUGAACGUUAUGAUGAAGGAGUAUUUGAUGAUGGUAAUACAAGUCAAACAGAAGAAGAUGAAAAUAAUAGUGCUGCCAUGGCUGAUAGUGAUGAUGAAGAUGAAAUUGAGCAUUUUGAUUCAACUGAUAGUAUUAUUAUUUCUGUUGAGAAUGCUCGAGAACAAUCGAGUGAUUGUUUACUACCAACAAAUAAUGUUCAAACUAAUUUAGAUAAUUCAAAUAAUAAUUCAACAGAACCUCAAACAGUUAAUUUAGACACGUAUGAAGAAGUUUAUGACAAUGUCAAAUCUAAUGAUUCUUCAAUGAAUAAUGAUAAUGACAAAACUACAUUACGCAAUGCCAGCGAUGCGUGA